AUGGCACCUCCCAGCUCAACCGAGACAUCCACCACCCAAACAUCCCAAGUCACCCUUCAAACCCGCCAAUCCUCCCAGGAGGACGGUAUGGAAGCGGCAGCAGUGAAGAAUCAGACCUCCCAAUUCCCCAAGCCCCCUGUAUUCGAAGAUAAAUACAAGGAACGAGAGUAUCUCAAGGGCCGACUAGCAGCUGCGUUCCGCAUCUUUGGGAAGAAUGGAUACGAUGAGGGUGUGGCCGGCCACAUCACCCUCCGCGACCCUGUCGACCCCACCACCUUCUGGGUGAACCCGUUCGGCGUCGCCUUCUCGCAGAUCAAAGCCUCCGACCUCAUCCAGGUCAGCCACGAAGGCAAGAUCCUCGACGGGGGGCCCGUCCGCCUGCUCAAUGCUGCCGCAUUCAUGAUCCAUUCCGCAAUUCAUGCUGCCCGGCCCGACGUCCUGUGCGCUGCGCACAGCCACAGCAUUUACGGGCGAUCAUUCUGCGCCCUCGGUCGGCCGUUGGAUAUCAUCACGCAGGACGCGUGCGCAUUCUACAACGAUCACGUCGUCUACAAACAAUUCAACGGAGUCGUGCUGUCGGAGGACGAAGGACACAACAUUGCGAAGGCGCUGGGGAACAAGAAGGCGGCGCUGCUCCAGAAUCACGGCCUGUUGACCGUGGGCACGAGCAUCGAGGCGACGGUCUUCUGGUUCGUCAGUCUGGAGAAGUGCUGCCAUGCGCAGCUGUUGGCCGAUGCGGCGGCGGCGGGGCGCGGCGGGGCGACAAUCAAGAUCGAUGAUGCCGAUGCAGCGUUCACAUACAAGACCGUGGGGAGGCCCGGGUCGGGGUAUUUCAGUGCGAAGCCGCUGUUCGAUGUGAUCCAUGAGGAGACGGGGGGAAGUUAUCUGCAGUAG